UAUAUCUUAUAUUUCAAGUUGUUACUGACGAACCAUUGAUUCAAUUAAUACGCGAAUACCUAAAUAGGAUUAAUAUUCCAGAUAUAGAAAUAUGUUGUAGUGAAAGCGAUAGCCAAAUAACCAAAUGUGUUUUUAUGUUUGAUAACUGGACUCAAACUGAAUUUAACAAUUGCACCAAGUAUAUUCAACGUUUUCGUAUAGAAAAUAACAUAUAUUGCUAUCUUUUUGAGAAUAAUUAUACCGAUUUUUUUGGCAACCCAAACACUAACCUUAUGGGACCAUGGGUGCAGAAUAUCGAUUUUUAUUUCAAAAUAAAUAAUAUUACCAACAUUACUUCCAGAUUCUUAUCUGUAGGUGCCAUUUCUGUGCAAUUAAUAAAUCCAAAUUUUAAUCUCUUAUGGAGAGGAAAAUCAGAAAAUACUGUAGAUUUAUAUGAGAGUCAAAUAAUAAAAUUGCAAAUGAAUACAUUUUCUGGUAUUCAAAAUAUGACAACUUUGAUUUAUUUUACAAAACAAACCAUCCAAACUAUUUUAUCUCAUGAUAUUUACGCAAUUUUUGGGAUGACUCCUAAUUAUUAUAAUAUAACUUAUUUAAAUGUUAUGCCAAGAUAUUUUUCAUUAUAUCCAAAUGAAAAUGUUUCCGCUAGGAAUUUUCAUGGCUACUUUAAUAUUGCUUUAAGUAGUUUUAUUCAUGAUGUGCAAUCUGAAAAGCUUCAAAAGACUAUUCUUGUUGUCUUGGGUUUGCUUGGUGGUGGUUUUGAGGAAUUUAUACCUAUCUUUUUGGACAGCCAAGAAAUAAUCCUUA